AAGUGGAAGAGUAGGAAGAAACCAACAGCAGAGACUAGAUAGAAGAAGCAUAGAAACAAACAAACAAUAUGCAUAACGCGGCCGCGGGUAAAAAACGGAAAGAAAAGGGUGGAGCUGAGAAGGCGAGAGAAAAAAAAAUUGCGGAAUUUAGAUACUGAAGCCGCUAAAUGUCGCAAACUAACUGAAAUAGCAGCACAGCCAGCAGCAGCACCUCGCAGUUAAAUAUUAGCAGCAGUUAAGAAGUGAGCCAGACAGCUAUGCAGCAACAUGCCACCAGUGAUGAUGAUGAGGGACAGAAAGAUGAGCUGGUUCCACAGGCAGAUCCAGGACAAGUUGAGCUUAGACCAAGAGCAGAGAAAGACACCCCCUCCAGCUCAACAUCUAGUCAACAUGAGUGCUAUUGCUAUAAUUUGGAUGGUAUAUUAUCAUGAGCCACAAUUAAAGUCUUGGGACACUCAUGCCAGGUGUUAUUGUUGUUAUUUUCGCGUUUCCGCGCGCUGAUUGCUUUGGGCCGGGGCCUAGUCAAAGUCCAGGGCCGUUUUUUAGUCCCAGUCCGUCCCUGCUACUACUAUAUCAGUAUUUUGAACACAUACAUUUGUCAAGAGAAUCUUUAAUAACAUGGGAUAAAUUAACAUCUUACCUUGGAUUUCAUAUACUUAAUAAUCAUUUCCAAUUUCAAAACAAUGUUAAAGGGAGAAUUUGAUGAAUUGUUACCAUCAAUCUAAAGGAAGGAGACCGCAGUGUCUCUUGUUCCCCACGUCACUAGCCAUUUCAUUUCGAUUUUUUUAUAUUCGUUAAAUAAAUUCACUGAUUCUACUUGUCUUUUUUGCAGGUUACACAGUUACACAAGAAGUGGUUGGCGACGUGAUUGUUGUGUGUGCGCGUAUGUUUUUUGUGUGUUUGUGAAUGAGCCAUUUAAUCAAAUAAACCGUUAUUAAAAAUUGCGCGCAGUUCAUACAUUUUUUAUUUAUUUGGUCAACCGCUAGAAAUGAGUUACAUCAUGUUAUUUCAUUAUUUCAUGUCUCGUUCAGUACACCUCGCAGACUUGAAACAUCUAAUCUAGCUUCAGUGAAGGGGGCGGUAGUUCAGUAGAUCCAGCCAAUAAGAUGCUCCUACACAGUUUGGACUAGAAUGCUAUUUGUUCGCGCUAGUGUCGGUCAUUCAAAGCAGAAAAUCGGUCAUAAAUUACAUAAGGAAGAUUCGGUGAAUGGACUACUAGACGAUUUGUUUACCUUAAAAAAAAAACCAUUCAGAAACACCGAUUCGUUCACGAACAGCUCUCUCUCCGCAUAUCAGCUGUUCGAAAUGUUUAUUGCAGGUUAUUGCACGUUGUAGAAAACAAAAGUGAACCAGGAAGUAAACAAAUUAAAGCCAAACUUUAAGCGUAGUCACGUUUCUCAGUGCAGAAUAAAGGGGAUACACGCGUGAAAAUGGUCUUGGGGAAUAUUUUGUCGUCUUUAGCCUCAGUGCAGUGGACAGAUGUAGGCACCGUAUUACUGAUGUUCUUCAUCUUUCUGCUGAUCUCAUAUCAUCUGAGAAACAGAAAGCCUAGAAAUUAUCCCCCUGGACCAACACCUCUCCCCUUUAUUGGGAAUGUUUUCAACCUGGAUGCUAAACAACCACAUAUUCAUUUAACUAAGAUGUCAGCCCAGUAUGGCAACAUUUUCAGCUUGCGUCUGGGAAGCUUAAACACUGUUGUUGUGAAUACCUACAGCUUGGUUAAGAAAGCUCUCAUUGAUCAUGCAAACAUUUUCACAGGCCGCCCAACCAAUGACGUGCUCAAAAGAAUAAUCAAGUGCCAAGGUGUAACUUUUAAUAAUGGCUACAGCUGGAAGCAACAGAGGCGCUUCACUCUUAGUACUCUUAAAUACUUUGGCGUGGGAAAGAGGAGCCUGGAAGUCAUCAUCAUGGAAGAGUACAAAUUCCUUCACCAGACCAUCAUGGAAACCAAUGGGCUGCCAUUUGACCCUCAUUACUUUAUUAACAAUGCUGUCUCCAACAUCAUCUGCAACAUGGUAUUUGGCAGGAGGUUUGAGUACACUGACCAAAGGUUUCUGAACAUGCUCAGUCUGAUGUCUAAAGCCCUUAAACUACAAACGUCUGUGUGGAUACAGCUUUACAGUGUUUUCCCUUAUGUUAUGGACCUCCUCCCGGGACCUCAUAAAGACCUGUUUUCCUGCUUCCAUCAAGUUUGUGCUUUUAUUAAGGAAGAGGUGGACAAGCAUUAUGCAGACUGGGACCCCUCCUCACCCAGAGAUUUUAUAGACUGCUAUCUUACUGAGAUCCAGAAGAGGAAAGAUGAUCUGGAAGCGGGAUUUCAUGAAGAGGGUCUGCAGUACGCUGUUCUUGAUUUGUUUGUGGCAGGAACUGAGACCACAUCUACCACUCUACUGUGGGCCUUUGUAUACAUGAUGAAAUACCCAGAAAUCCAAGAAAAGGUUCAGGAAGAAAUAGACAAAGUAGUUGGACGGUCGCGUCGACCCAACAUAGAUGACAGACCCAGCAUGCCAUACACUGAUGCUGUUAUCCAUGAGGUCCAGAGAAUGGGAAAUGUUGUGCCCCUUAGUGUACCAAGAAUGACCAAUGAAGACACAAUAUUGGAAAGUUAUUAUAUUCCAAAGGGUACACAGAUCAUUCCUAACCUGACCUCAGUGCUCUUUGACCAGACCAAGUGGAAAUCUCCAUAUUCAUUUGACCCACAGAAUUUUCUUAACGAUCAAAGCAAGUUUGAAAAACCUGAAGCUUUUAUUCCUUUCUCGGCAGGGAAACGAUCUUGUCCAGGAGAAUCGCUCGCCCGUAUGGAGCUCUUUCUCUUCUUCACAUCCUUUCUACAUUCCUUCACUCUGUGUCCUCCAGGGGGAAAGCAAAUAAGCUUGGACUUCAAAUUUGGAAUGACACUCUCCCCAAAGCCAUUUAAAAUAAGUUUCACUCCUCGUCUGACCAUGGAUCUGCUGCGUCUUUACGAGUGGAUCGAUGUCAAGACUAUUUUGUUAUUUUUCUGUGUUUUUUUAUUGGUGGCUGAUUAUAUCAAACAUAAAGCGCCGAAAAACUUUCCUCCUGGACCAUGGUCUUUACCGAUUAUUGGAGACCUUCAUCAUAUCGAGCACAACAAGAUUCAUCUUCAAGUGGCAAAGUUUGCAGAAAAAUAUGGAGACAUUUUAAGCAUUCGAUUUCUCGGACCAAGAAUUGUUAUGUUGAAUGGGUACAAAAGAGUGAAGGAGGUCUAUUUACAACAAGGGGACAACCUCGCUGAUCGACCCGUGUUGCCUAUGAUUUAUGACAUUGCCGAAGACAAAGGUUUAAUUGGUGCCAGUGGAUAUAAAUGGAAGCAUCAGAGGAGAUUUGCACUCUCAACUCUUAGAAACUUUGGAUUGGGAAAGAAAAGCCUGGAGCCGUCUAUCCAUCUUGAAUGUUGCUUUCUGAAUGAGACCAUUUCAAAUGAGAAUGGUCGACCCUUUAACCCUCAAAUCCUGCUGAACAACGCUGUCUCAAAUGUGAUCUGUGUGCUUGUGUUUGGUAAUCGAUUUGAGUACAGUGACAAUGACUUCCAGAAUCUGUUGAAGAACAUUAAUGAGGCUGUGUAUCUGGAUGGAAGCAUCUGGGCUCAACUGUAUAACAUGUUCCCAUGGCUCAUGCGGCAACUGCCUGGACCACACAAAAAAUCAUUUGCUCUGUGGCAGAACGUGAUUGACUUUGCUCGAGAGAAGGUGAAUGCACACAGAGUGGAUUAUGAUCCAUCAAAUCCUCGAGACUACAUUGACUGCUUCCUUGCUGAGAUGGAAAAACUUGAAGACGACACAGCCGCUGGGUUUGAUGUGGAGAACUUGUGCAUCUGUGCUCUGGAUCUGUUUGUAGCUGGAACUGAGACCACCUCCACUACUCUGUACUGGGGUCUUCUCUACAUGAUAAAAUAUCCUGAGAUACAGGUCAAAGUUCAGGAGGAGAUUGAUCGUGUUGUGGGAGGGUCACGGCAGCCAUCUUUAUCAGACAGAGACAACAUGCCCUACACCAAUGCUGUCAUUCAUGAGAUACAGAGGAUUGGAAAUAUUGCCCCAUUAAAUUUGCCCCGGGCUACUGUGGAAGACACUCAAAUAGGAAAAUACUCUAUUCCAAAGGGUACAGCUGUGAUUGGCAGUUUGACAUCAGUGCUGUUUGAUGAGUCUGAGUGGGAGACGCCUCACUCUUUUAACCCGGGUCACUUCCUGGAUGCUGAGGGCAAAUUCAGAAAGAGAGAUGCCUUUUUACCUUUUUCUCUAGGAAAGAGAGUGUGUCCUGGGGAGCAACUGGCACGGAUGGAGUUGUUCCUUUUUUUCUCCUCUCUGCUGCAGCGCUUCAAUUUCUCUUCACCAGCAGGUGUAGAGCCCAGCAUGGAUUAUAGACUGGGGACCACUCGAUGUCCCCUACCAUAUAAGUUAUGUGCAGUGCUACGCUAAGACAAGCAAUUCACACAAAUAUGUGAUCAUCGAUUGUUUGUGUUUAUGAGACAUGUACAGAGAGAAUAUGUAUCCAUUUAUUUUUAAAAGGUUGUGGAAAUUGGUGAAUUGGCUCAGUGGGUAAAGAUCAGGGCUGGGAAUCCAGAGGUUUUUGAUUCAAAUCCCUAGAUAUGGGGAUUUGUGAGCAACCAGCAUUGUGCCCUUAUCAUCAGGUUAUUCCAGGGGGAUUGUUUGUUCACUAAAAUGUAAAUUAGAUAAAGUAUUUGAUAAAUUUGUGAUGCAAUGUAUAAUAUUUUUAUAUUUUACAAUGGACCUUAGUCAGGUUAGCGCCAUAUUUAAUUAUUGACAGGAAUGAAAACAAAGCUGUGAGAAAUAGAAGUACAUGCAUUCAGUGUAUUGUACAACAUACCGAUUGUUCAGCUGAUGAAAAAAUAAAUAGUAGACAAAAACUCCAUAAAAGUUUUAAAGGUUGUGAGUUGUGAAAAUUACAAUAUCUACAACCUGUAUACAAUGUGUAGCAAAGUAAAGACUGGAAGUCUAUUCCUCACAGCCAAGUUUUCAUCCAUGUUAAAUUCAAUAUGGCAUCUAACCUGAUUAACGUCUGAGUAUAAUUUGAUAUGAUACCUGAUCUGAUCUCAGUAGUGGGCUUCCAAUACGUAUUUGACUUAGUUAAAAUUACGUUAUUUCAUGCUUAAAACAAGAACAAAUAUGUCAACAGAACUGCCUUUGAUUUACGAUAAUUUUUCAAAGCCCACUGGCAAAUAUCUGUUCUUGUUUCAGUCAUAAACUCACAUCAUUUUAAUCAAUUCCACAUAAAACAACAAUUCUUAUUUUGUCAUUUUGCUUUUCAAGUUAACAUAUCUUGAUUACUUGUACGUUAUACAUUACUUUUUUUCCUUUUGUUUUUUGUAAAAUGAAUUAGAUCAUAAUGGAGAUAUGUUAGACAUUGUACUUUCAGACUUUUGUUUUGCUAAUAAACUCAUUUUUACAUUUAAGGACUA